AAUCAUUAAACUUACAGAAUUAGUAUUUCAAAUCAUUGUCAUGGCAUUUGUUUUUAAUCAGCAAACAGUUUAUUUGAACAUAAUAAAGCCUUCUAUAUCCAUAUGCACAUUUCAAAACAUAACUCAUUCAAUCAGUUCCGCUUAACUUUUUGCUGCAUUUAUCUCCCCUGUAAGCAUAAUACAAAAGCUUUCUUGCUAAAACUUUCUUCAUUUAUUCCUCUACCUAUUGUAUACCUUAGACACUUAUCAUUUUGCUUUUAUUGUGGCAUUAUGGAAAAUUAAAUACAAAUUAAUUGGAACUGCUGAUUAUCCGGAACUUGUUGACAUACUGUACUUGGUGCUUUGUUAUUUUACUUUUCAGAAAAUAACGUUAAUGGCAUAACAAGUAAGAUAAAAACUCUGAAAGUUAUGUCAGGUGGUGGAACUUAAGAAGUUUUAAGAUGAUUCAGUUGGCACCCGGCUUUUGAAUAACAUUGAGAAACCAAUCUGAGAAAUUCACUUGGACAUAAAGUGGUUUGUAACCGUCAUUUUCUAUUUUCACUUUCGACUUCAAAACAAUGAAUACUAUCCACAGCAGAAAUGACCAUAUGAUUCAUCAAAAUGUCAUCAGAAGUAUGGGAUGGUCACACUUUCAUUGCUAAAAGAAGAGGUAGCAUUGGUAGCAUAGAUGAUGCUCAUGCUGCUGCUGAUGAAAAUGAUGAUGAUUUAGCAGAAGAAAUUGACGAUUUGAAACGAAGGGGAGUUUUACCCUUUGACUUUCCUUCUGCCAAAAAGGAUGGAUUAUCAAAGGAUUAUGGUGAUAGUGAUACAAUUGAACUUGGAUCAGAUUUUGAGACGUCUGUAUAUCAAAGUGCCGAAUCUUACAAUGAAUGUAAAACUGUUGAUAAAAGUGGACAGCCAAACAAACCGACGAGCAAGAAUGUUGAGGAAACCGUUGAAACACCUUGCUUGUGUUUGGCAAUUCCAAGCUUAUUACCGAAUGGAUUACCCUCAAACUGGUCUGCUUUAACCACCAGAGGUUCAUAUCAACUCGAAUCAUUGCACAGGGGCGAGGAAGAAUAUGACGUUGUGGAGGAUGAGUUUCAGAAUAUUGGAAUGAAAGUUACUAAAAUUAAAAGACUGCAAAAUAAACGAUUACUUGAGAGAUUUAAAGCUGAAAUUGAGGACGUGAGAAGACACAUUUCAGAAGAUGGCGAUGUCACUGUGAAGUAUCUGUAUCAUGGUACCAGUGCGGACAAGACGAAGUUGUGUGAAGAAGGGCUCGACCAACGCCUUAGUCGCAUGGGGUACUUCGGCAAGGGCAUAUACUUCAGUGACACCCCUUUGAAGUGUGUCCAUUAUGCUGAUGACCCUGGCCGGUCAAACCCUGACGAGGCUUACAUACUCAAGUGUCGGGUCAUUCUCGGUGAUGUCAAGGUCUAUCCACAUGGCACAAAUGAUAUAUCAUUGAAAAGAGAGCCAGAAAAAGAGGAUACUUAUAGCGGUUGGCGUUAUUAUGAUUCAGUUAAGGGAUGCCCGAAGGAUUUCAACGAGUAUGUGGUCUACGAAAGUCGAAGGGCAUUGAUUGAGUACAUCAUAACAUUCCAAGUCAACAAAGACCUUGUGGCAAAACUUCGAAGCAAAUCCUUGAAAACCUCAAGUAAACCAGUCUGUGCAGCACCAUCCACACCUGCAAAACAGUCUGUGAUUUUUAGGACAAACCAGUCUGUGAUACCAAGCACACAGUCUCGGAUGACAGCUGGUCAAAACGCUGAACACAAUUUUCAUACAAACCAUUUAGAGCGUAACUUGACAGAUAGAAUACCGAGAUAUGGCCAAAUGCCCAAUACCCCAGACACAGAACACUCUAGAAGAAUCCAAGAAGUUCGGGAAACAGUCAGACUCAAACGCUCUAUAGAAUCCACCAAUCGGACUGGAUUACAGGUUCAAGCAGAAUCAGCAUCACAACAGCAGCAACAGCAGUUACAGAAACAGUUGUGGCCUGUAGAUGAUGUGGAUUCAGAAAUGAAUGACUUGCUGACUCGGCCACUGAGUCGUUCUGAAGUGAGUCUCAAAUCCCAGAGUAGUCACGCUGUAGAUUUUGAUGGACCUCCAGCACCGCCACGACAGAGAGACCCAAAGACUCAGGACGAGGCUAGGUCGGUUGAGCAAGUGCUGGACUUGUGCAUACACGAGUUCAUGAAUGUCACGAACAUGGAGGACUCAAAUAGAGCUCGAUACUUUGUGCAGCGAGCUGACAUGGAUGUGAACAAGGCUAUCUCACUGUAUUACGAAGAAAUGUGAAACUCAGUAAACAGGGCAUUAAAUUUUUUCUACCUGAACUGCAUUUUAUCAAAUAAAAUUUAAUUCCAAGGCCCGUAACUUCGCCAAAAAAUCAAUGGAACGGAACGAAUUUCACACUAUAUUUAUAGCUUAUGUAGGUAGCCUCACAUACCAAAAAUCAGCUUAAUAUCUGAAAGUGAAAAAAACGGUAAUUAUAGAGAAAAUGUAUAAAUUCAAUCUAACUUCGAAGCUGUUGACAAUUAUUAUGGUUUGUCUGUGUUGAUGAUGGUGAACGAAAAAAUGUGUAGUAGAUGAUAAACAUUUAUGAUACAUUUCUUUAUAAAGAUUUGUUAUUUUCAAAGUAUGAUUUUCUUCUAGAUCAAACAUAAUAGAUUUAUGAAAUCUAAAGCAUUACAGAUUGGUGCGAAUUUCACUGAUUUACUUGUUAUAUUCCAUGAAUUAAUAUCACAAAAAAUGUUUUUAAAGCAUAAAAAUUCACCUUGAAAAGUGCACAAUUCAAAAAAUUAAAACUCAGGAGGGAAGAUCCCUCACAUAACCUCCCCGGUUGGACCCCAGUCUAAAAGACAUUUGUACGGCCCUGGAAAUAGUCACUUAUUGAGAAGUUCAGAAUCUUAAACGGUGUCACCGCGAUAGGAAGCCUAAUCAUUUUGUGAUUUGAAUAAAUGGAUAUAUAAAAAAGGCAACUAUUUUAAAUUGAAAUAUUUCUACGGAGUCUUAGAUUUUAUAUUUUAAAGUUUUAGUUGUGUGGAAUGAUAAUUCAUGAUGGUAUUUUACUAACAAAUACAAUAUUUUAUACAAACAGUGCACAAGAAUGUGUAAAAAUAGAAAUUCAAUACAACUAUUUUCAUGGUGAGAAACGAGUGUGUCGUGUAAUGACUUUUCCUUUAUGUGUAAUAUAACCAUAGUGUUUAAAAACAUAUUGUGGCUAAGAAACUGAAUGGCGCCUAUACAUUUAUUCAAUGAUUGUACCAAGGGGACUCAUAAAACUGAAUGGCGCCUAUACAUUUAUUCAAUGAUUGUACCAAGGGGACUCAUAAAACUGAAUGGCGCCUAUACAUUUAUUCAAUGAUUGUACCAAGGGGACUCAUAAAACUGAAUGGCGCCUAUACAUUUAUUCAAUGAUUGUACCAAGGGGACUCAUAAAACUGAAUGGCGCCUAUACAUUUAUUCAAUGAUUGUACCAAGGGGACUCAUAAAACUGAAUGGCGCCUAUACAUUUAUUCAAUGAUUGUACCAAGGGGACUCAUAAAACUGAAUGGCGCCUAUACAUUUAUUCAAUGAUUGUACCAAGGGGACUCAUAAAACUGAAUGGCGCCUAAACAUUUAUUCAAUGAUUGUACCAAGGGGACUCAUAAAACUGAAUGGCGCCUAUACAUUUAUUCAAUGAUUGUACCAAGGGGACUCAUAAAACUGAAUGGCGCCUAUACAUUUAUUCAAUGAUUGUACCAAGGGGACUCAUAAAACUGAAUGGCGCCUAUACAUUUAUUCAAUGAUUGUACCAAGGGGACUCAUAAAACUGAAUGGCGCCUAUACAUUUAUUCAAUGAUUGUACCAAGGGGACUCAUAAAACUGAAUGGCGCCUAUACAUUUAUUCAAUGAUUGUACCAAGGGGACUCAUAAAACUGAAUGGCGCCUAUACAUUUAUUCAAUGAUUGUACCAAGGGGACUCAUAAAACUGAAUGGCGCCUAUACAUUUAUUCAAUGAUUGUACCAAGGGGACUCAUAAAACUGAAUGGCGCCUAUACAUUUAUUCAAUGAUUGUACCAAGGGGACUCAUAAAACUGAAUGGCGCCUAUACAUUUAUUCAAUGAUUGUACCAAGGGGACUCAUAAAACUGAAUGGCGCCUAUACAUUUAUUCAAUGAUUGUACCAAGGGGACUCAUAAAACUGAAUGGCGCCUAUACAUUUAUUCAAUGAUUGUACCAAGGGGACUCAUAAAACUGAAUGGCGCCUAUACAUUUAUUCAAUGAUUGUACCAAGGGGACUCAUAAAACUGAAUGGCGCCUAUACAUUUAUUCAAUGAUUGUACCAAGGGGACUCAUAAAACUGAAUGGCGCCUAUACAUUUAUUCAAUGAU